AAGUUUAGUUUUCUUUUACCUCUAAAUUAGUUUUCUUUUACCCUCCAUCUCUCUCUCUCUCAUCGUCGAAUGAAUAGUAGCAGUAUCGCUCGCUCUCUCUGUCUUCCCCUUCCUCAUCCGGUAGCUUGCCACAAUCUCUCAAAACGCUACCGUGGCUUGCGGAGCUGUUCAUUUCGUCUUUGAAGGAUCGUAGUUUGGAACCCCAAUACCUAAAGCCCAAUUCUUUCCGCUCCUCGAAACCCUAGCAUUCCAACAAACCCUACCAUGGAAGAAGAGCCUCCGAGGGUCUCUUCGACUGCUUGAUUUCGAUUUGAUUGCGCGAAAAUGGGGGUUUAAAGGAGUGCCGGAGAUAGGCUUGCUGAAGGUAUUUGUCUUUUGGUUUGGUUGUUUAGAACUGGGGAUCCGAUUGGAGACUACCAAUUUGAAGAUGGAUGCACGGGAUUCGUCGUCGAUUGCUUUGGGAAGGGACGGGUCUUCCGAGGAGGAAGUCUUCACGGCUGGAUUGGCCAAGGAGGCGGAGGUAAUGUUCCAGAGCAGGAGAUUUGAAGAGUGCGUCGAGGUUUUGAAUCAACUCUUGCCGAAGAAGGGAAGCGAUCCGAAGGUUCUUCAUAACAUUGCUGUGGCUGAAUACUACCGUGAUGGUUGCUCUGAUCCAAAACAUCUUCUUGAUGUAUUUAAUAAAGUCAAGAAGAGAAGCGAAGAACUUGCUCUUGCAGCUAGAGAUCAAACUGAAGUGGCUAGCAUAGUUGGAAAUAAUGUUAAUUCUAUAUCCAGGGGCAGUUCCAAUUCCCUAAAUCAGUCGGCUGCUGCAGAUACUGUUAAGGUGGCAUAUGCAGACGAGUUUGGCACCUCUGUUGUGACAUUUAACACUGCUGCUGUGCUCUAUCAUUUGCAUGAAUAUGCAUGUGCUUUGUCAUUUCUAGAGCCAUUAUAUUACAACAUAGAACCAAUAGAUGAGAGAACUGCUCUUCAUGUAUGCCUUCUAAUGCUUGACAUUGCAUUAGCUUCCCAAGAUGCAACUAGAGCUGCAGAUGUAAUUCAUUACUUAGAAAGGUCUUUUGGAGUUGGCUACAUGACAAACCAAAUUGAUAAUGGUGCCAAUCCUCAACACCAAUCAUCAAACCAAGGUUCUAAACUCUCCACUUCAAAUGUUGGUGCACCUGAUGCCUCCAGCUCGGAGACAAUCGCAAGCAGCCAUGUUUCUGAGAACCCCCUUACUGGAACUUUAUCAGAUGAUUCUCUUGAGUUUGAAAACCUGUACUCAACGUUAGACAGUGGCAACCAGAGCCUGGGCCGACCUGUGACUGAUAUUUCGAAAACAACUGUAGAUCGAGCUGUUCCUGGUAAUGACCUAAAACAAAAAAUACAUCUUUACAAGGUACGCUUGCUGCUUCUCACUAGGAACCUAAAGGCUGCUAAACGUGAGGUUAAACUUGCAAUGAAUGUGGCACGAGGUAGAGAUUCUUCGGCAGAAUUGCUCUUGAAGUCUCAACUAGAAUAUGCCCGUGGUAACCAUAGAAAAGCUGUGAAGCUUUUGAUGACAUCCAUGAAUAAAACAGAGCCGGUUAUGCUGAGUAUGUUCAACAACAAUGUUGGAUGCAUUCAUUAUCAACUCAAAAGCCCCCACACAUCGUCCUUAUUCUUUACAAAGGCUCUGAAAAGUAGUUCAUCGCUGCGGUCGGAGGAACCUCUGAAGCUGUCAACCUUCUCUAAGGACAAAUCUCUUCUAAUUAUAUAUAAUUGUGGUCUGCAAAACUUGGCCUGUGGAAAGCCUGUAACUGCAGCUCAGUGUUUCGGAAAAGCCAGUUUGUAUUUUUACAACAAGCCAGUUUUCUGGCUCCGGUUAGCUGAGUGUUGUCUAUUAGCCAUGGAAAAAGGGCUUUUGAGACCAUCUGCUGGGGACAUAAAACUUCAUGUUGCAGGAUCCGGCAAAUGGCGACAGCUGGUAUUGGAAGAAGAUGUCAGCUCAAGAAGUAGGUAUUUCAAAGGAGUAGAAUCCGUGUCAGGUGAAGAUGAGCAAAACAAGCUAUCACUCCCAUUCGCUAGGCUUUGUCUUCACAGAGCCCUGUUUUUGUUGGACAAGCUUGAGAAGAAAGUAUCAAGGCCCAGUGCUACAAUUGAUUCAUUGCAGGAAGAUGCUACCCAGGCCAAAUCUAUCAAGAGCUCAGGCCAUAAGAAUGCAUUGACUGGAGAUCCAAAGGCAGCCACUGCAGCAUUGGUUUCCAUGACUUCUAUCACCAAUGGCGAUUAUAAAGAAAAUAAAGGUGGAUUGAGCCCCAACACCACCUUGCAGAGUUCUGUGACCACUUUUGAAGAAUUGUGCAAGGAAGAGAACAGCAUGAUUAAGCAGGCCCUUUUAGGAAAUCUCGCUUACGUUGAAUUGUGCUUAGAAAACCCACUUAAAGGAUUAUCUGCGGCAAAAUCACUUCUGCAGCUGCCGGACUGUUCAAAAAUUUAUACCUUUCUUGGUCGUAUGUAUGCUGCUGAAGCACUUUGUUUCCUGAAUCGACCUAAAGAGGCUGCAGAAUAUUUGUCAAUCUAUUUCAAUGAGAAUGGUAAGGUGGAGCUGCCUUAUUGUGAUGAUGACAGAGAGAAGUGGAAUUUAAAGAGAGGAAUGGAUGGUGAGGAGUUAAAUGGUUCACAGAAUGCUAGAACUAUGUCAGAUGCAACUCGCGGCGGGCUUCUUAAGCCUGAAGAGGCUUGUGCUCUUGCUUGUGUAAAUCUUAGUAUAAUGUUCUCUCUUCAAGGCAAUCUUGAGCAGGCUAGCCAGUUCAUGCAGAAAGCUCUCUCACACUUGCCCAAGGAUCCAAGGGUUUUGCUUGCCGGGGUUUAUGUGGAUCUUCUGCAACAGAAACCACGAGAUGCUCUUGCCAAGUUGAAGCUUUGUAACAACAUCAGGUACCUUUCAGCUUCUUCAUGAUGCUUCUUGCACUGCCAAUCCGGUUUUCAUGAUUGAUCUAAUCUGCUGGAUUUCCUUGCCCGUGUCCCUCAAGUCUUGCAAGCUAGAUCUCAGGCUUUAGACCCCUCUGUACAAUAGAAUGGUGGAAUGUAGAAUAAGGAUAUUUGCUUUUACCCUCAAUUUUUCUUUUGUUCUGAAAUUUUAGCUUUGAUAUGAGUCAUGAUAGUUUAAGAAGUAGUUUAUGAAGGAUAGAUAGUUGAGUGCAUUGUAGGUCUGGUAAAAGUUCAUUCAUUCAGGCAAGCAUAUGGAAAAGCCUUUCAUUGUUAUUUUUUCUCUCAUGAAUGUUGUUUGCCAACAAGUUGGUGCAUUGAAGUCACUUAAAUCUGAUCCCAUAUUUUAGGAUUAAAGAUCUAUUACUAUUAAUUGUUCUCCAUUAUCUUGA